AGGGAUGAGUUGAAUGUGCUCAUUUUGGGGCUGGCACCUGGGUGCACUCUGCUUUGCAGCACCUGAGGCCUUGGCCAGCCGCUGGGGGGCACCUGGGGAAGCCCUGGGUUUCUCUCUCUGGACUCAGAGACUGGGAGGCCCUUGGGAGUCUGAUUUUCUCCCAGCUGUACAACCUUGGGUAAGUCACCAAAACCCCUUUUCCUUGUUUUUUCACCUGUAACAUGACUAAUGAGGUAGCCCUUUCAACCUCCCAGGGACAUUGGGAUUUCCAAAGAUAACAUAUGAGAUAGCACUUUAUAAGUACAAAACGUUGUGUGAACGUGAGUUACUGGCUCUCUACAUAUCUCAUCACUCUCAUUUUCUCCUCUUUCAGUUGAUUUUUUCCUCUUUUCCUCAGGGGCUCCUCCAGUCAGAAGUUACAGAGCUUUAGCCUUGUAGCCCUCAACCCAGACUGGAUGAUUCUAGAAGAAACAAAUCAGACCUGAUUCCCCUUGUUUCACCUGUGAAAUAUCUUCUCUUUUUCUCUCACCCUUGCUCCCUUCCUUUCACUCUGUUUUGUUAGACCACCUUCACAAAAGGCUAGGGAUUCAACCUGAGCGCAUCUCUACAGCUGCCUUGACUACUAACCUAGGAAAGCGUUAGCUAUGCUGACCACUGUAAAACCUCAUGAAGAGACUUUGAAGAUUUUCAAAGUGUUACUAUCUCUGCUGUUCGUGACUUCCAGUCAAGAUUGAGGAAGAAAACGGAAAUGAAAUUGUUCAUACUUUCUGGUCUUAAAAAUAGAAAGGAAAAAGAAGCUAGUGGUAGUGCUGUGACCCAAAGACCAUCACAUCUAUUUGAGGAGGGUUGUGACCUGAAGGCUGGACGAGGCUCCUAAGAACAGACACCCUCCCAUCCCCAACCCCCGCACCGGCCUUUCUCCCUUAUUUAGAAGUUUUAAAAGGAAAUGAAGUUGAUUUUGAAGUCUUAAGGGGGAAACAGAAGUCUCUGAAAAAAAAAUUUUUUUUUUUCUGUCGAUUUUGUGGGAAAACAGCCCUCUCGUUUCACACAUAACCUUUCCAAAGUCGUCUCAGAAAAGGAAUGCGAGUUAUAACUUGAGGGUUCUGUAGCCCUGCAGCAGACAGACAAGGGUAUCACAAGGCCACUCCCCUCCCCCAGCCCAGGUAAAAGCCCCCAUUUUUUUCCAUUUAGAAAAUGUUCGUGUUUCUGCCACAUCGGAAUGCAUUGUUACAAGAUAAACAUGGACUGUCCUUGGAGCUGCUGUGGAAUAGCUUUGUGACCAAGGAGUCGCCUGACCCAGUCAUUUUUUUUUUUUUUUUCAUUUCUGCAAUAACAAAAUGCUGCCUCUUUCCUGAUUACAUGAUAAAACUGAAAUCAAAAAUUAUAUUCAGCACCUGCUGCCUGUCAUUCUCUGCCAUUUACUAGUUAUAUAACUUCUGUACCACUCCAAGCCUGUUUCCGCAUCUGUGAAAAAGGAAUAAUUUUAUCUACCCUGACUACCCACCAGCGAUACAGGGAAGUUUAAAUAAGAGUCUCUAUAUGAAAGCAACAUGGAAACCAUGAAGAACCACACGGAUAUGAGUUUUAUGUUCACGUCGCCUGUCACUGUCUUUCUUCCUUCCCUUCUCUUUCUUCCAAACUAAAAUGGAUGCUGCAGUAUAGGGAGGGGUGAGGUGGGAGUGUAGAUAGGGCUAUCAGGAUUGGGAAGGCUUCAGGAUGUGACUGUGGGGUUAGAUCUGGUGGAGGAGGGGGCAGGUGUUCUGGGCAAAGAGAAGAGCCUGAGUGAAAGCCUGGAGGCCUGAGGGUCCAUGGCUCUUUAGGGGUCAGUGAGUAGUGGGCAGUGGUAUGAGACUGGUCUGCCAGGCUGGGUGAGUGUCCUCUUCUUCCAUGGAAAUUGGACCAAAGAUGGACUCCAGCCCAAGGGGACAACCAUUCUGAGAGGGAAGGGCUAGUCACUAGUCAAGGAAUAGAGGUGAAGCUGGACUAGAGAUAGGUGGCCAAUGAGUUGGAGGGUCAGGGCCAAUGGGUCAGGGUCUGAUUGUGAAGGGCCUUGAAUGUCAUGCUGAAGAGUUAACAUUUGCCCUGCAUAGGGUGGGGAGACAUGGGGAUCUUGGAGUAGUAGGGGACUCCAAGAUUAGAGUUGUUGUUUGGAUAUUCCUCCAGUGGGAGUGCAGUGAACUGGACAGGGUUUGGGAGACGGGGGAGUUGUAAGGAGGCCAGCACAGGAGGCCACGGGAGUGACUAUGUGCUGCAUAAACUGGCUUCUUCAUUCAUUGCCCAGCUCUAUCAGGAUUUUUCUGGUCUUUCCUUUCUCUUCAGAGGAAGACAAUUCAUUCCUUCCCCUGUAUUUUGAAAGCUUAUUUUCGAAAUUGAAAGCAUUGCGCUUAUCAUCAUUAUUUAUGGCUUGUUGUUUACAUUUUGGUGGUUGAGAGCCACAGCUGCUAACCAAAAGAUCGGCAGUUGAAUCCACCAGACACUCCUUGGAAAUUCUAUGGGGCAGUUUUACCCUGUCCUAUAGGGUUGUUAUGAGUCAGAAUCGACUUGACAGCAAUGGGUUGUUUUUUUUUUUUUUUUUUUGGUUUGAUUUUCCUGAAUAGAUUGUGAACAAAUUGAAAUUAUAUUGUGUAUUAUUUUGCUUUUAUGAAACUGCCUAGUAGGUGAUCAGUAAAUGUUUAUUAAAUGAAUGAAUGAAUGAACUAGCACAGUUGGUAGUGUGAAUGGAAAGGAGAGGGUGGCUAUGGAAAUAGAAUUAAUGACCAAUUGGAUGUAGAAGUGAGGGAAAGGGAGGAGCCAAAGAUGACUUUGUGAAAAUGAAAAUCAAUCAAAAUUUUUUAUUUUGCUCUCUGGUUGAUGCAAUUCAAUGAGAUCAGGAGCGAAAGAAAGGAAGGUAACUUCAGAUCUGGACAUUUACUAAAGAAAAACAUAUUAAACUCCUCAAAUAUACUAGGCACCAUGCCAGGUGGUGGUGAACCCAAGCCAAAUAGCUCAGAAGUCGUGAGCAGUUCAGAGUCUUAUGAGAAAUAGACAACUGACUAUUCAACGUGUCAUAACAAAGGUGUGCACGACGAGUUGUGGGAGAUGAGGAGACAAAGCCACCAUUCUGUCUGUGAAGUCAAGGAUGACCAUGUUGGAUUUUGAGAUGAAUCUUGAAGUUAGCCAAGUAAAACACAGCAUUCCAGGUAGAGAGGAAAGCCUAUGCAGAAGCACAGCAAUGAGAAUGUUCUGGAAUAUUUAGAAAACAGUGAGAGAUUCAGUGUGGCUCUAGAGAAAAGACUAGGUGGGCAGUGGUAGAUGGUGAGGUAGAUGGUGAGGGCCUAGAGCAGCCUACUCAGGGAAUUUGACUUCCUUCUUAGAGUCAACAAGAGAUUAGAGGAUAUUUCUAAGCAGAGAGGUGAUACGAUUAGGCUUAUUUUUAGAAACACAUGGGGGAUGGACUGGAUGAGAAUGAGAAAGGCGACCCCUUAGGAGGCUGUUGCAGCUAAUUAGGUGUAUAUAGGAUGAUCAAGGCCUGGACUAAGGUGGGGAAGGUGGUCAGUAAGAGAAGGAUUUGAGAGAGGGCAUAUUGAGGGAGGGAAAGACUUUGGGCUUUCUGAACUGAGGACCUGGGAAAAAGGUGACAAGUCUGUAGACUACCAAUAUGGAACCAUCUAUAAGAAAUACGUGUUGGAAAUGUUCUGGAUAUAAAAAGAAAUCUUUUGCUAAGACCCUAAAGAGCUUUUAUUUAUGUUUUUUUUAUAUGUAUCUAGUGAUAUGUACUUUAUUCAAAAUUAAAACUAGGAAAUUAAAAAAAAUCACUUAUUAAAAAAAUUAACUACAUUAACAAAAAUGAUAUUUUUUAAUGAAAAUAACUUUUCCAAAAUAAAACAAAAUUAGUAAUUUUUAUUUACAUUUACAUUUUUGCAAAUCUUUAAUGUCUGGCUUAGUAGAAGACAGUGGAAUUCUCCUAUCUGCUUCUGCACUUAAACUGUUGCAGUAUCCCAUGACAUGUUGUCUCUGGAAUAGUCCACUGUGUCCUCGAGAGAGAAUGAGAGUGAAAAAGGCAAAUAACAUCUUAGUAGUAUUAUGAAAAUGGUUUUUACCUUGAAGACUCCCUGAAAGCAUCUCGGAGUUCGCCUAGGGUUCCUGGACCACACUUUUAGAAGUAGACACUUAGCAGAUGUGUGUUGAAUGCCGCCAUUCUGAGUUCCCGUAGCAUUUCAUUCAAAUCUGUGAAUCAUUAGAUUCACAGAUUUAUGACUGUGUGUGCCUGGUGCUCAGGAAGAGGUUGGAGUCAGGUGGGCAGUUGUCGGGCUCCUCAGAACAGAGAGGCUGGUGGAGGCCUGAGGGUGGAGAGAAGAGGAGGCCUGUGCAGGACCUCAUCGCUGAAGGGGUGAGCAGAGGCUAAGGAAAGAGGUGGACAGGUGAGAGGAGAAACAGGCCAAAGUUGUAUGACUUAAGGCAGUUGUGUUUCAAAAAGAGGCAGCCCAACAUUUUUAAAUGUAAAAUAACAAAUAAGGGAGAGGUCCAUAGUGUCAGAAACUGCAGAGAGGUUGUAUAAGGGGAGGAAUGCGAAGAUGCUGUUGACUUUGGCAGGUAGAAGGUCACUGGUGACUUGGACGGCAGUUUUGGUGUUGCGGGGUGGUGGGAACCAAGGAGGGAGGCUGCAAACAGAGGCUCCUGUCCCUCCACGUGUCAGAUCUAAUGAUUGUUAGCACUUUUCCGGCUCCAGCACUACAGGGAGAGGCCCCAAGAGUGAAAGAGAAGCCAAACUGGGAUCCCAGAAUAGAUAGCUCAUGCCUGUGGGGCUCGGAGCGCAGGAAGCCGGGGGCAGGACCCCCGAGGCACGGCGGGCGCAGCAUGGAGCCCUCGAGCAAGAUGGAGUUCUUCCAGAAGCUAGGCUACAGCCAGGAGGACGUGGUCAGGGCGCUGGGCAAGCUGGGCGAGGGCGCCCUGGUCAACGACGUGCUGCAGGAGCUGAUCCAGACCGGCAGCCGCCCUGCGGCCCAGGGACGACCAGCAGGGGGCGCCGCCGCCCCCUUGCUCGUCCCUCGGGGUUCCUGCGGGCCCCCAGACUUGGCCCAGUGCAGGCUGGGGACAGACCCCGAAGACGAGUGCGGAGGCCCGGCGGGUGCCUUGAGACCCAUAGUGAUUGACGGCAGCAACGUGGCCAUGAGCCAUGGAAAUAAAGAAGCCUUCUCUUGCCGGGGAAUCCAGCUGGCUGUGGACUGGUUCAGGGACAGAGGACACACCUCCAUCAAGGUUUUUGUCCCAUCCUGGAGGAAAGAACCAUCAAGAUCUGAUACCCCUAUUAGAGAGCGCCAUGUGCUGGAGGAGCUGGAGCGGGAGGCGGUGCUGGUGUACACCCCGUCCCGCAGGGUGAGCGGCAAGCGGGUGGUCUGCUACGACGACCGCUACAUCGUGAAGUUGGCCUACGAGCAGGACGGCGUCAUCGUCUCCAACGACAACUACCGAGACCUGCAGAGCGAGAACCCCGAGUGGAAGUGGUUCAUCGAGCAGAGGCUGCUGAUGUUCUCCUUCGUCAACGACAGGUUUAUGCCUCCUGAUGACCCCCUGGGCCGCCGCGGACCCACCCUGAGCAACUUUCUGAGCCGGAAGCCCAAGCCCCCGCCGCCGUCCUGGCAGCACUGCCCCUAUGGCAAGAAAUGCACCUACGGCAUCAAGUGCAAGUUCUACCACCCGGAAAGGCCGCACCGCGCGCAGCUGGCCGUGGCCGACGAGCUGCGCGCCCAAACCCGUGCCUGGUACGGCGCGAGCGCCAGGGAGGAGCGGCUGCGGGGCGCGGGGGCGGUGGCCGGCAGGCCAGGGCAGAGCUCCCGGGGCGUCCCGACGCCAGCCCUGCCCGUGUCCCGGGCCCCCGGCGCGCAUAGCCUCCCGCAGGCGCGGCCGGCCGCAGACUUGGCGGCCCUCGAAGGGCGCUUCUCUCGGCUAGCCGUCAGUGACGACCUGGGGCUGCUGGGGGUGCAAUUCCCGGGCCCCAGCUGCGACCUCGCGCCGGGGCUGCGCUGUCCCGACUGGGUGCCCACUGGCGGCCUCGUCUCCGGGGCCCCGCCGUCCCCGCGGGCAGGACCUCCGUGUCCAGGGACGCCGGGGCUAUCCCUGCCUAGCCUCCGGAGCCCCCAGGGUCCGUUCCCCCUUGGCGACCACGCAGCCCUGUCGAGCCCGCAGGGUGGAUUCUGCCCCACCGACCUACAGAGUGACCUGCUUCCCGCUCGCAAGCAGCCCAAGGAGCCGUGGGUCCUUUCACAAGAGUUGGACCGUUUCCCGGGCCGCUCGGCCUGGGCAGAGUCGGGCUGGGGCGACUGCACCUUUGGGGAACCCUCUGGGUACGCGCCCACGGCUGCCGACUCUGUGUUAGACAAGCGCACCCAGGCGCGCACCGCGCUCUGCUGCCUCUUCCCGCCUGAGCAGGUAGACCGCGUGAUGGCCUUGUUUCCUGCGCAGUCCGACAUCACCAGGCUCAUCCUCCUCAUCCAGAGAUUCCAACGGGCUGCUGCGCCGCUGGGAGACCCCUAAGGAAAUCGUCCAAGGACUGAGAGUGGUGUUCGAAACGCUUCUGCAACGUGGGCUGAGUGGGCUGACAGUUACAAGCGUGGACCUGAGCCAGCCCACGCUGUAGGACACUGUUUACUUUAAAGAUGGUCAGGGAAGCCUAUUUCCUCAUCCUUAGCAGCGCCCGUGGCGGCCCUUGGUGACCCUCACUGUCUCUGGCUGUGCUACGUGGAGGUCCACAUUCUGGGGAAGAACGUUGACCACAUCCCCGGUGGAGUGGUUUCUUACCGGAUGGAAGACUACAAGCCCCAUUGCAGCCCCAAGGGUUUGUGGGAAAUAGUUCAUGGCUGUUUUUGUCAAACUGCAAAUGAGACUCACAGGAGGGUCGCAAAGUCAGUGUAGUGGGUCAUCACCAGAAAUGGAAUGGGAUGGGACAGUCGGAGCACACCGCAGGUAAUAAGGCUAGGUAUUAUUUCCUAAAACUUUUGUUUGUUAUCUAUGUAUAUGCGUGCCUGUAUACUGGUGGUAGCCAUGUAAAAUUUUCUUAAUAUGGGUCGUAGUCAAAAGUUUGAAAAAAUACUGGUAAAUGGUCUUGAAUUUCAUUGCAUCAAAUGAUGUUUGAAAUGUGUAGUCAGAUGGCCAGUGGAGCUUUUGGUAUCUCGAGGUUUUCAUGUCUCUAACCCCACCCACGAGGGGAAUCAGCGUUCUAACUUUGAUGUCUGGGCUCCCCUGUCAUUCUGAAAUCUCAUGGCUGUGCUCCCCUGUGGAGGUAUGGCUGCACACUUCUUCCUGAGGGCUUGCCUCUGGGGCCUUCACCCCCUUUGAACAUGCAUACCACACACGUCCCACACACAGAUGUCACAUACACAGCACAUACACACAUACCGCGCUUCGUACACUUACCACACACACAGCACACAACCACACACACCACAAGUACCACACACAAAUAUCACACACACAUCAUACACACACCACACACACAUCACACACUACACACACAUUACACACAUAUACAUCGUGCACGCACCAUUCAUACAUACCACACACACUCCCCACACAUCACACACAGGCACCGCACUCAUACCAUGCACAGAGACACAGACACCCAUUCUUGGCUCAGGGCUAAGCACUCCCAUUUUUUCAGCCGUGCAUCAUGGCGGUUUCUGGCACUGGAGCCUUCUAAGCCCAUCUCACAGCUGAGCCAAGGCCUAGCAAGUCAGGACUUCUGCUCAGAAACCUCCAGUGGGCCAUUAAGAGAGCUGGGAUAAGCCUCAAGCCCAGAGUUGUAUUGUCACCUUCCCCUAUUGCUGUUUCUUCCAGCCAGCCACAGCUCUAAGUUUUGGGGGAAAAAAAUGGAGAAUGGGCCGAGCCAUUCCCAA